AUGGCAUCAUCAAAGUCUAUAAUCAACACAAUUCUUGCUCUUAGGAUUUUCACUCUCUUGUUCUGUGCUGCUUCCCUUGUGUUAAUAAUUCUUACUAUGCUCCGUGGCAGCAUAAAAUCCGAAUUCCGCGGUAUCAAGAGCUAUAGGUAUGUGCUUGGUGCCGCAGCUGGUGGAAUUUUAUACUCAUUGAUUCAGCUACCUUUUGCAAUGUAUCAUGCAGUAAAAGAGAAGAGAUUGAUUAGAGGCAAAUUUCUCCCAAUGUUCGACUUUUACGGAGAUAAGGUGAAUAUAUUCCCUCAGAAGUUUGUUAGUAAUAGCAUUUUUGUUGGUUUGGGAUUUGGAGUGAGCUUUGAAUUUAAAGAUAUAAAAAGAGGAGAAACCAUAGAGAGGGGAUAUAUUACAAGUGGUCUGCUGCUGGCUGGAUUUAUAACUAUGGCUAUACUUACCAUUCUUACUUCCAUGAACCGCAAAGGAAGAGGCUUCUAGUUACCUAGCCUUAGGCUUCACAUAUAUUAGUUUUAUUUUAAGGUGCAAUAUCACUUUUGUAUUUAUUUUAAUAAAAUCUAUGAAAUAGUAUAAAUUCAUUGUUGUUCUAGUUGUAGUUGUUGUUGGACAUGUAUGUAUAUGCUUUGUAUGACAAAAAUAAAAUUAUUUCACCAACAAAUAUGGUGAAGCUAGUGAGUUUUUCCUCCGGGUCUCGAUUUCAAA